UUGAUUUAAUGAAUCAUUAAAUACUCAAGUCACACAGAGACAACGUUAGAAUCAAAACAAGACAGGGAGCACACAGGAUUAAAAAUAAUGAAAGCAGUGAUAUUAAUUCUAGGCGUGGUGAGUAUGGCAGACGGAAUGUUUUGGCCAGGCGGAUACAACCCAUUUGAAAUGUUAAAUGGCAAUUUUGGACCGUUCGAUCCACACGGAAAUAUGCAAAGAAUGCGAAAGAUAGACCUGAACAAUGUCCCCCCUGGCACGGAAAAAGUCGUCAAGGACAAAAAUGGCGAGGGAAUUUUAUUCAGGAGUCCAAGCGGAAACUCCGGUGGAUUUGCUUUUACCAGUGGCGGUGGAGGGGGGAAUGGUUUUGUUAUGGGCAGUGGGUUUGGGGGCGGAGCACCAGACAGGGGGUUCGUGAUGACGUCAGGCUCUGGCCUCCCCACGCAGAUCCAUGAGUUCGGAGAUGCUCCCAGGGGAGAGAAGAAAGUCUUCAGAGACGGGAAUUCGCAGGGAACUUUUUUCAGAAGCGCUGAUGGAACUUCCAGAGGUUUCACUUUUACCAGUGGUAAUGGAAAAGCGUUCUCCAGUGGAGGAACGGGCCCCAGCCCUUUCUCAGGAGGAUCCUCAUUUAUCGGAGGGGGAGAACCAGGAUUUUUCCAUUUCGAAUCAGGACCCACCGGAUCUGGAUCUGGAGCCGGAAGCUUUGCCUUCAGUAGUGCAGGUGUCGGGGGUGUACCUAAGAAGGUGGUCACAACCAAAAUGGUGUCCAGAAAGAAUGCGAACUUCGACUGCGGGACUACAUUUUCCAAGCUGGUCCAGGUUAACAGUGCUGCAGAUAUGACUGCUCUGAAGCAGCUGGUUUCGGGCUACACUACAGAUGGAUUCUGGACCAGUCUUACAGAUCUCAGAUUCGAUGGAACACUUACUUCCUCGGGAAUGUGGACCUGGGAUGGCUACCAGCCCCUGAAUAACUUAACUAUUAACUGGGAACAAUACCCUACAAACAACCCCAAGGACACUUGCGGUGCUAUCAACGUUCAGGCCAAGAUGACAAACUGGCAGUGCACGAGAAAAAUGGGUUUCAUUUGUGAGCUGGAUCAAACACAAGACACAGGCUGUCCCUAUGGGUGGAUGAUAACUGACAACUCCUGCUACUACUUCAGUAACUUCAGCGAUCCCACACAGCUACUAACUUGGGACCAGGCCAGACAGUGGUGUGCCAACAAGAAUUUCCCUGCAGGAAACGCCCAAUUGGUGACACUGGACAACGCAAACGAUGGCACAUAUGUUCUUGGAGAAAUGCCGGUAGUUGGAUCCACGGAUAGAUAUUUCUGGACUGGUCUCACUAAGUCACCGCAAGGCUGGAAAUGGUUUAACAACGAUGUAUAUCUACAACAAUAUGUGAAUUGGGCCAAGGAACCGGACCAUCUCAAUAAGAAUGAGGAUUGUGCAAUAUUAAAAACAGACGGGACGUUCUCCGACCAAGAUUGUAACAAACGAUUUAACUAUAUCUGUUCCAAAGAGUCCAAAAGUGUGCACACAGAGUAUUACAUGGGCUGUGGUGGAUGGGUUAGAGCCAAUAAGAAAUGUUAUCAGUUCUACGACAAACCGUCGUCCACAUAUUCACAGGCCAGGUCCAUCUGUAUGUCGCUGGGAGGAGAUCUGAUGAAGAUUGAUUCAAUGGACGACAGGUAUUGGUUGGAACAACAAAUGAUCAUGAAUGGCCACAACAGGCUAUACUUUACUGGACUGAAUGAUCAGGCUAACGAAGGAAAUUACAGAUGGGCGGACAACACCCCAUACAACGUCUCCAUGGUAAACUGGAACCAAGAACCCAAUCAAUGGAAUGGUAACGAGGAUUGUGCUACCAUUAACCCAGAUUAUAUUUGGAACGAUUCAGACUGCACCUUAUCCUUUCAGUACAUCUGCGAAUAUCCCAAUCUAAAUCAAGGUGAUUGUCCCCCUGGAUGGAUGCAGAGAAGUGAUAAUUAUGAAUGUUACUAUUUUUCUGCAUUCAAUGAUACGAGAAACUGGUUUGAAGCCAAGACUCAAUGUUACAGCAUGACGACUGAUGUCAACCAACCAGCUAAAUUACUGGCAGUCAACGAUCAGGAAGAAAUGCAAUGGCUGCAAGGUAUACUACCGAACAUCACUACUGCUGCUACACUGCGCGGACAGUUCUGGACGGGUUUGAAUGACAGAAAUGUUGAGGGAACUUGGACAUAUCCCUACAAAACGGACAACCCGCCCAAUAACAUAGUCAUAAACUGGAGGGGAGAACCGCUAGACCCUAAAGGCACUAAGGACUGCACUUGGCUGGGAUUUGGGGGAAGAUAUUUCACAAUCAACUGUAAUGCAAAAUUGGGUUUUAUCUGCUCAAAAUACGCCCAAGGUGUUAGUGUAGGCGGCGCCGAGUUUCUUCGUCCAUCUCUCACAGUCUUCGUCAGUCUCCUUGCAUCUGUUCUCCUUGUACUACGAUAACUAACAAUUUAACACAGACUUCUCGCCAUUAUUUGAAAGCUAGAGAAUUGUGGGAAACACGUGUGCGUGACAGUUUUGUACAAACGUACAUUUACAUGUUAAACAUAUUGUGAACACCUGUCAGAUGAUAAUAUACGUCAACAAGAAAUCAACAAUUCAGAGGCCAUUAAGAUGUACUUUUGAUGGUUUUCCACCUUUAUCACAAUGUAGCACUUCGUAACUCGAAUUUAAGUAUUACAAGUAUUUAUAUAAAUCUCUUUCUGAAAAGGAAUGCUAUAUUUUUCUUUGGGUUGUAAAUGAAACAUUUACAAUGUAACCAGAAUUGCAAGAAUUAAUAAAGACCAGUUAUUGAUUAGCAAAAUCAUAUAUUCCACUACCUCGUGUGUCCUCCGGGGUGCGGAGAGGAUAAGUAAGCGAGUAAUCAUGUUUCUAUUUUUUUUUUUAAAAAAAAAAAACAAGAUCUACAUAUAUACAUGUGCACAUACAUCACAUAUUACAUUCGUGAUAGUUCGAAUGGGUGUCUGAUAGCCAUGCUAGAAUCCAUAUUUGUUUGAGAAAUAUUCAUAAUUGUUAGCUUUAGUUUAAACCAUUUAAUAUUAAUUAUCUCUCCGAAUCUUUUUAUUUUUUAUUAAAGCCUUGAACAGACAAUAGUUCCUAUAACAGUUUUGAUCACACCAUUGAAAUGGCUAUGUCACAAUAACUGAGGAUCCUUAUCAAUAUUAACUCCCGAAAGUUACAGGAAGAUGGAGAAACUUUAAUUUAAACGCAGCUAAGGAUUGGUUCUGUGGCAUUUAGCACAAAUUAUUAUGUCAACAGAAUUAGAGAGAAAAUUGGGAACGAUUACACCAGGUAUACAGGAUUCUAAGUCUUACCUCUUCUCCUUAACUCAUGACUCUGACCGUAAACGUCUCCUUUACGCGUGAUUCUGACUGCAAACGCGUGAUUCGGACUGUAAACGCGUGCUUCUGACUAAACGCGUGCUUCUGACUGUAAACGCGUGAUUCGGACUGUAAACGCGUGAUUCGGACUGUAAACUUCUCACGAACGCGUGAUUCGGACUGUAAACGCGUGAUUCUGACUGUAAACUCAUGAUUCUGACUGUAAACGCGUGAUUCUGACUGUAAACUUCUCACGAACGUGUGAUUCUGACUGUAAACGCGUGAUUCUGACUGUAAACUCGUGAUUCUGACUGUAAACUCGUGAUUCUGACCUGUAUACUUUGGUGCAUUAGAAAUGUUGGCUCCUCUGGCGGAUGAGAAAAUGCCAUAUAUUGUAUUCAUGUCAAUGGUACACUUGUUAAAGGUUGUGCCAAAAUAAAGCGCUAAGAUUUCAAGCUA